AUGUUCGGCUACGAGCUGGAGGAGCUGAUGGGCCAGAAGGUGAACAAGCUGCUCCCUACCCCCUACCGCGAGCAGCACGAUGCCUACCUCCAGAACUAUCACAACACCGGACGAAAGCGGAUUAUUGGAAUGAGCCGGCUCGUUGAGGGUCAGCACAAGGAUGGCUCCAUCUUCCCCAUUCGAUUGGCGGUGUCCGAGGUCCAGAUGGGCAGCACGAAGAUGUUUAUCGGCAUGAUCGAUCGCGUGGAAGACACAGCGGGCACCGUCACGGCGAACAACGAGGGGACCAUCAUCUCCUGCAACAAGCAAUGCGAGGCCAUCUGGGGCUACUCGGUGAGCGAAUUGGUCGGAAAGAACCUCUGCAUCCUCAUGCCCUCGCCCCAUCGCGAACAUCACGACCUCUACAUCGCGAACUACCGCCGCACGGGCACGAUGAAGGUCAUUAAUCACACCCGCAACGUGCCCGCGCGACACAAGAACGGCACCGUCUUCCCCGUCUCGCUCCAGGUCACCAAGCUCAAGGUGGGCGUCGUCGAGCUCUUCAAGGGCCGCGUCGAAAAGGUGGACACCGAGAUGGAGGCCGUCUUCACCCUCGACAAGCACGGCAAGAUCGUCUCCUGCAACAGAAACUUCGUCGCACCCCUCUUUGGCUACACCGACACCGAGCUCAUCGGCAAGCACAUUCGCGUGCUCGUCCCCAGCCUCACCAAGGGCAGUGGCGGCAAGAUUAAUAUCGACGUCGACCGUGACGCUGCCUCCUCCUCCUCUUCCCCGUCCUCCUCAUCUUCCUCAUCUACCAACACAUCUUCAACAGCGGCCGGGGGCGACGAGGAGGGAUCUUCCACAUCUUCGAAUCGCGGAUCGCGCAAGCGAAAACGAAGCGUGCCGGGGGGAAAGGGAGGCGGAGGCGAGAGCAGCGAAGAUGGAGCCAAGGACGGCGCGGCUGGAAACGGAGGCGAGACCCGACUGGAGAGUGAACACAGCAUCGAGACGCAAGCCAACGAGCUGCAAAACGAGAUGUCGGCCCACGCGCUGCGGGAGCGCAAGGGAAAGGAGAGGGAGAACGACGGCGAAGCCGAGGAGGACAAUUCGGGGAAGGAGAUGUCGCAGGGCGAGGAGCCAGCCAUCAACAUGGAGAGUUCGUGGAGCCUCAGCGGCCGGCGGCGGCUUCAGGUGCGACACAAGGACGGGUCCGUCUUCCCCGUCGACUUCUCCAUCAGCAAAUUUACCAAGGACGACACCGUUUUGUAUUCGGGGCGUAUUCGACGCGUGGACGAGACGGACACGAGCAUGACCGAGGGCGAGGAGUCGUCCGGUCACGCUCUGCAGGACAACAACCUCGUGGGGGACUACAUCGUGGAGGGGAACGUGGGCCAGGGCAGCUACGGUAAAGUCAAAUUGGCUUACCACCGGACCACUCGACACCAGGUGGCCAUCAAGAUCCUGCAGAAGGACCUGAUGGACAGCGCCGAGCAAGAGCGCAGUCGAAGGGAAAUAGCGAUCCAGAGGAAGUUGAUCCAUCCGAACAUCGCCAAGCUCUACGACGUCAUCGAGUCGGAGGAUCGAAUCAACAUCGUGAUGGAGUACAGCGAAGGCGGCGAGCUUCUCACCUACAUCACCAAACAAGGCAAGCUGAACGAGAACGAAGCGAGAAGACUCUUCCUUCAACUCCUCUCUGCCGUCCAAUACUGCCACUCGCACAACAUCAUUCACAGGGACAUCAAACACAAGAACAUCCUGCUGGACGGUGUCAAGAACAUCAAGCUGAUCGACUUUGGGCUGAGUAACUACUCGCAGGUGGGUGCUCUCCGAAGCACAUUUUGCGGAACGCCUGCCUACGCCGCGCCCGAGAUGAUCCUGGCGAAGAAGUAUGUGGGUCCGGAAGUGGACGUCUGGAGUAUGGGCGUGGUGCUAUUCACGAUGCUCGCGGGCCGGUUCCCCUUCGGCAACGUCUCACACAUUAUCGAUGGCCAGUACACACUACCGGAGACGAUCAGUCCUGUUCUGGCCGACCUUAUUCGCAAGAUGCUCACGGUGGACACCGAGAAGCGAAUCACGGUCAACGAGAUCAACAUGCACCCGUGGGUGGCCCUUGGCGGCAAGGAGCUGCCUCCGCUGCGACCCUUCUCGCUCGGCCCCGGCAUGCCGUUCGGCGCCGAGAGUCCCGUCAUGGCCAACACCGGCGAGUGGUCUCACCAUUCCACCCCUACUUCCAUGCUCGCCCAGGAGUACAAGUCCCCCGCCAGUCCGGCGAUGUACCUGCGCUCUCACUACCAGCAGACGUCCUACGCCGCCGAGCAGCCAUCCUCGGGUCAAUCAACACACGCUCCCGUGCGCAUCCUGCCCAAGACGCCACCACAGCAGGUGUCCGAGUAUGCGAGCUACGGCGACGGCCCGGCGAGCCACGGCCUCGGAGCCCACGGCCUGCCACCAAUGGCCAUGCCCGGGAUCAGCGGGAUGCACGGCAUCGGUGGAAUGCACCCGAUCGGAGGAAUGCACGCAAUGCAGGGCAUGGGCGGAGGGAUGGGACCGAUGGUGCUCCCCGGCCUGCCCAUGGGCGCUGCAGCGGGCAUGUCGCCGCCGCCGCCUCACGUCCCGCCGUACUACGGCUACACGCCCGGGACCACCAUCGCCGCCCACCAGACCGCCGCCGCCGCCGCCACCACGACCGCCACCUCAACAGCCGACGAAACCAACGGCGCGAUGGGCAAGCGACGCAAGAUGGAGAUGGCCUACGGAUCACCUGCGCCCGCGCCUCCUCAGUACUACCGCGCACCCGUCGAGAUGCCCAGGGGAGGCGGCGGCGGCAUCACAUCGCCGCCACCACCACUACACGCGCCGCCAACCGCUGCAGCCCCGGGCAGCGGCCGAGGCGGCGGCGGCGGUCCGGUGAAGGACGUCUCGUGUAGCGUCAUCUCGACCGUGACCGACGGCGGCGAUGCGGAGGGUCUCAACAACGGGCGGGCCUAG